CUAGGCUAGCCGCUCGACCGCGUCUCCUGCCCAGCGGGUGGGGGUCCGAGUGGGGAGCGGGUGAGCCCCCGAGCCUCAGAGGACUCUCUUACUCCCGAAAUCCAGGGAGUCCGCCAGUCAGGAUAGACUUGGAGAAGCAGUGCUUCCCCUCCCGACCCCCCAACUCGCCGCAGUCGCGCGGACCCCGGGCCCCAGCGGGUCAGAGCGCGAGCUGCUCGGAAGCCCGGCCCGGGUUCAGGCGCGCCAGGGAGGCCCCGCUGCGGCCCGAAACCGGGAGCCCCGCGCUCGUGUGCCAGCGCCGCGCCGGCAGCGCCGCCCUCCGCGCCUUCCCUGAUCGGCGCUGCGGCCGGAGGAGCAGCCGCGGGCGGCCACGCAGCAGCGCCCGCGCCAGACAGCCGAGCCCCGCUCUCAUCCCCACCGCACUCAGCCUUGCCCGACCCAGUCCGCCGCCGCGAGCCCCGGCCCCUUCCUCAGACUUUGGCCUCUUCCCUGCACCCCUUGCCCUCCGGGAAACUGCGCGGCGGGGACGGGGGUCGCGCCACCCCUGUGCUCCUCAGGACCCGACCCGCCGCCGCCUGUUACCCGGCCGGGCCCUAGCCUCCCGCCUGCGCCCCGCCCCCCAACCAGCUCUGGGCUGGGGGUUGCGGGGUCCGGCCCGGGUCCAGCCCGAGAGUGGCGUCCGCGGCGGCGGACUGCGGAGUUGUAAAGAACUCGGCGGCCGCAGUGGGCCGGGCGGGGCAGGGCGCUGUCAGCCGCGUCCAAGGACACUGGAGUUUGCAAGUCCCCGCCCGCGCGGGACCCCCCGCCCUCUCGCCGCGGCCGGCCGGACUCCUAGAGCCGCCGAGGCGGGGCCGGGCGGCCGCCGCUGCGAGAGGCGUGUCUCCCUGCUUCCUCCCCCGCCUGCCUCCCUCUCCACCUCUCUCCCCUCCCUCCUCCUCUCCGCCCUCCCCGCCCCGCUCCUUUUUCUGCUCCCCGAGUGCGCCCGGCGCGCGAGAGGCAGGCGGGGCGGCGUGGAGCAGGCAGCGCAGCGCGCUCGCCCACCGCCCGCUCGGCGCAGCUCCCCGCUGCCGCUCUCGUCGCCGCCGCCGGCGCGUCGGAAGGAGCCUAGCAUGGCCGGGCCGGGCUCGCAGCGGCGCGCGUCCCGGGGGGCCUCGGCACUCCUGACCGCCGCGCUUCUCUUUGCCACGCUGGGGGACGUGGUGCGCUCGGAGCAGCAGAUCCCGCUCUCAGUGGUGAAGCUCUGGGCCUCUGCUUUUGGGGGAGAGAUAAAAUCUAUUGCAGCUAAGUACUCCGGCUCCCAGCUUCUGCAGAAGAAAUACAAAGAGUAUGAGAAAGACGUUACCAUAGAAGAAAUUGAUGGUCUCCAACUGGUGAAAAAGCUGGCAAAGAACAUGGAAGAGAUGUUUCACAAGAAGUCUGAAGCAGUGCGGCGUCUGGUGGAGGCUGCAGAGGAAGCACACCUGAAACAUGAAUUUGAUGCAGACUUGCAGUAUGAAUACUUCAAUGCCGUGCUGAUAAAUGAAAGGGACAAAGAUGGGAAUUUUUUGGAGCUGGGGAAGGAAUUCAUCUUAGCCCCAAAUGACCAUUUUAAUAAUUUGCCUGUGAACAUCAGCCUGAGUGACGUUCAAGUGCCAACGAACAUGUACAACAAAGAUCCAGCAAUUGUCAAUGGGGUUUAUUGGUCCGAGUCCCUAAACAAAGUUUUUGUAGAUAACUUUGAUCGUGACCCGAGUCUCAUAUGGCAGUACUUUGGAAGUGCAAAGGGCUUUUUUAGGCAGUAUCCAGGGAUUAAAUGGGAACCAGAUGAGAAUGGAGUCAUUGCCUUUGACUGCAGGAACCGAAAAUGGUACAUCCAGGCAGCGACUUCUCCGAAAGACGUGGUCAUUUUAGUGGAUGUCAGUGGCAGCAUGAAAGGGCUCCGUCUGACGAUUGCAAAGCAAACAGUCUCAUCUAUUUUGGAUACGCUGGGGGAUGACGACUUCUUCAACAUAAUUGCCUAUAACGAGGAGCUUCACUACGUGGAACCUUGCCUGAAUGGAACGUUGGUGCAAGCUGACAGGACAAACAAGGAGCACUUCAGGGAGCAUCUAGACAAACUUUUUGCCAAAGGAAUCGGAAUGCUGGAUAUAGCUCUGAAUGAGGCCUUCAACAUUCUCAGUGAUACACUCCUAAAUAAAGAAGAUGUGGUACAUAUAUACAUGGAAUAUUACUCAGCCAUAAAAAGGAAUGAAAUCGGGUCAUUUGUAGAGAUGUGGAUGGAUCUAGAGACUGUCAAACAGAGUGAAUUCAACCACACUGGACAAGGAAGCAUCUGCAGCCAGGCCAUUAUGCUCAUCACUGAUGGGGCAGUGGACACCUAUGACACUAUCUUUGCAAAAUACAAUUGGCCAGAUCGAAAGGUUCGCAUCUUCACGUACCUCAUUGGAAGAGAGGCUGCUUUUGCAGACAAUCUCAAGUGGAUGGCCUGUGCCAAUAAAGGAUUUUUCACCCAGAUCUCCACCUUGGCUGAUGUGCAGGAAAAUGUCAUGGAAUACCUCCAUGUACUCAGCCGGCCCAAAGUCAUCGACCAGGAGCACGACGUGGUGUGGACUGAAGCGUACAUCGACAGCACUCUCCCUCAGGCACAAAAGCUUGCCAAUGGUCAGGGCCCCGUCCUGAUGACCACGGUCGCCAUGCCUGUGUUUAGUAAGCAGAACGAAACUAGAUCGAAAGGCAUUCUUCUGGGUGUGGUCGGCACAGAUGUCCCAGUGAAAGAACUUCUGAAGACCAUCCCCAAAUACAAGUUAGGGAUUCACGGCUAUGCCUUUGCAAUCACAAAUAAUGGAUAUAUCCUGACGCAUCCAGAACUCAGACCACUGUAUGAAGAAGGGAAAAAGCGGAGGAAACCUAACUACAGUAGUGUUGACCUUUCGGAGGUGGAGUGGGAGGACCGCGAUGAUGUGUUAAGAAAUGCCAUGGUGAAUAGAAAGACGGGGAAGUUUUCCAUGGAGGUGAAGAAGACAGUGGACAAAGGGAAACGGGUUUUGGUGAUGACAAAUGACUACUAUUAUACAGACAUCAAGGGUACUCCUUUCAGUUUAGGUGUGGCGCUCUCUAGAGGCCAUGGGAAAUAUUUCUUCCGAGGGAAUGUAACCAUUGAAGAAGGCCUGCAUGACUUAGAACACCCUGAUGUGUCCUUGGCAGACGAAUGGUCCUACUGCAACACUGACCUACACCCAGAGCACCGUCAUCUAUCUCAACUAGAAGCUAUUAAGCUCUACCUCAAAGGCAAAGAACCUCUGCUCCAAUGUGAUAAAGAAUUGAUACAAGAAGUCCUUUUUGAUGCUGUGGUGAGUGCUCCCAUUGAAGCCUAUUGGACCAGCCUUGCCCUCAACAAAUCUGAGAAUUCUGACAAGGGUGUGGAGGUGGCCUUCCUCGGCACUCGCACAGGCCUCUCGAGAAUCAACCUGUUUGUUGGGGCCGAGCAGCUCACCAAUCAGGACUUCCUGAAAGCUGGAGACAAGGAGAAUAUCUUUAAUGCAGACCAUUUCCCUCUCUGGUACCGAAGAGCCGCUGAGCAGAUUCCAGGGAGCUUUGUCUAUUCGAUCCCAUUCAGCACAGGAACAGUUAACAAAAGCAAUGUGGUGACAGCAAGUACCUCCAUCCAGCUCCUGGAUGAACGGAAGUCUCCCGUGGUGGCAGCUGUAGGCAUUCAGAUGAAACUUGAAUUUUUCCAAAGGAAGUUCUGGACUGCCAGCAGACAGUGCGCCUCUCUGGAUGGCAAAUGCUCUAUCAGCUGUGAUGAUGAGACUGUGAACUGUUACCUCAUAGACAAUAAUGGAUUUAUUCUGGUGUCUGAAGACUACACACAAACUGGAGACUUUUUUGGUGAGGUGGAGGGAGCUGUGAUGAACAAAUUGUUAACAAUGGGCUCCUUUAAAAGAAUUACCCUUUAUGACUAUCAAGCCAUGUGCAGGGCCAACAAGGAGAGCAGCGAUGGUGCCCAUGGUCUACUGGAUCCUUAUAAUGCCUUCCUUGCUGCAAUAAAAUGGAUAAUGACAGAACUUGUCUUGUUCCUGGUGGAAUUUAACCUCUGCAGUUGGUGGCACUCAGAUAUGACAGCUAAAGCCCAGAAAUUGAAACAGACCCUGGAGCCUUGUGAUACUGAAUAUCCAGCGUUCGUCUCUGAGCGCACCAUCAAGGAAACCUCAGGGAACAUUGCUUGUGAAGACUGCUCCAAGUCCUUUGUCAUCCAGCAAAUCCCAAGCAGCAAUCUGUUCAUGGUGGUGGUGGACAGUAGCUGCCUCUGUGAGUCUGUGGCCCCCAUCACCAUGGCACCCAUUGAAAUCAGGUAUAUCGAAUCCCUUAAGUGUGAACGUUUAAAGGCUCAGAAGAUCAGAAGGCGUCCGGAAUCUUGUCAUGGCUUCCAUCCUGAGGAGAAUGCGAGGGAGUGUGGGGGUGCGCCGAAUCUCCAGGCCAAGAUGGUCCUUAUCCUGCUCCCUCUGCUUUUGAUGCUCUUCUCAAGGUGACACUGAUGGAGAUGUUCUCUUGGCAUGCUAAAGUAUGGAUAAACUGUGAGCCAAAAUAUGGUGCAACAUAGGAGACAUGAAAUGUAGUCCAACCAUCAGCAUCUCAUGAUAUUAAGCUGUGCGUGAUAUAAACUCUUAGAGAUAUGUUGACAAAAAAGUUAUCUUUUUACUUUGCCAGUCAUGCAAAUGUGAGUUUGCUACAUUAUUAUUAUCCUUCAUCAGAAACGGGACUGCAAGUGGGCAGCGUCCCUUCUGCUUGAAACCCAUUGAAACCAAUUUAAAACUGUGUACUUUUUAAAUAAAGUAUAUUAAAAUCAUAAUCUCCUGGUUUGGGUUUUAUUAUCAUUUUACUGCUGAGAAUACAGAAUGGAAAGUACAUGAAAAAGUCACCCAUUCCAGACAGCAAGAAAGGAUGGUUGUUGGCAGAGACUUUACAGCAGAUUCUAGACAAGUAUUUAACAACUGUUUAGAUGCUCCACUCUCAGUUAUAAAAAUAUUUACAGAAGUAAAUCAAAAUAUCAUCUACAUCAGAAGAAUUUAUUACACAGAGCUCUGACUU